GGAGGGUCGCCCAUCGAGAUCUGGGGGAUCGACUCGUGUUCGCGUUACGGCAUCGAUCCCCUUCGCGAGCUGGCCGGCCCACCGUCGGGCCAUGGCAUCCACCUCGGCACCAGAGAGCAGUUUCUCGCGUCACGAUGGAGCUUUCUGCUGCUAAUUGACAGUGCUCUGGGACUAACGGCCGUUUGGAGGUAGCUCGACGGAGCGAUGGUCGAACGCUUGUCGGCGUGUUGCUGAUCGAGCGGUCGUGUGGCUUUUGCACUACAUGCCUACAGUGUUCACGAUGAUAUUUGACUCAUGUCCGUUAUGGUCGUGCCCACGCUGGUCGUCGAUGGCUUGGCCAGACUGGCGAUCGCAAAGAAGCGCAGCGUACCGGUGGACCAGGUGAUUCCGAUACCAUCGGAAGCUAUGCGCCGGCACGCCCGUUUGGUAUCUGUACCUAAUCGGAGGUCUGGUCCCGCCGUAGGCGUCUGGUCCAGUGCAAUUGCAAUAUCCGUAGGUUUCAAAUUUGUGCCGGGCUUAUGACCUCUGCCCGAGGCCGGUGCUGCAUGUCUCAAUCGCUAGCGCUCGCCGACGCCCCGGGGAUGCUGGCAUGUUCAACCGCUGGGCCAGACCGAGUUGUCGAGGGCGGCGGAAUACUGGUUUCAGCACCCGCCGGUCGGUCGAUGGACCACUGCACUCCCGAUGGCAUCGUAUCUUCGCGACUUCCAGCAUGGCUCUCGCAAGCGCGCUGACUACGGUGGAUUUUCUAUACAGGCACAACGUGGAGGAACGUGUACGCAAGCGUGCCAUGGACAAUUCUCUCCUGCUUACUGAUUCGCCUCGUCGACUGCGCGUCGAAAUCCACUUCAGCGACGCUAGCGACAAAGGGGAACCAUACUCGCUGAGAACGCGAAAUCUCGCGGCCAUCAUGAAACGCGCCAAUGUAGAAGUUUCUCAGGCGCAAUGGUCAGCUGGCCGGGUCUUCCUGAACCUGCCAUACCCAGGACCGUCGACACGGUUUGAUCGCGAGCAGAAAAGGAAGUAUUCGCUGGGAACAGAGGCGCUACUAUUAUGUCUUUGACGAGCAAGAAGCUACGAGGAUCCCUGGCCCGAUAUAUAUGAGGGUCUCCUUCAAAUGAGGUGCUCUCCCACCCACACCGUCCCGUAGCAUAGGUUGAAUUUCAGAAUCCUGAUUAAAUUGCGGGGCUAAGCCGGGGAUCCGCCAGACGCGUUUUCUCUAGAAACGCUGCCCGGGCGACGAUCCGAAGUGAAGCUGGCUGUUCCCGUCUUGUGCCCUCUUCCUGCGUGUGGCCUGCGGUGCAAGAUUAGUGUGCCGUCGAAUUUGCUCUUACCCGAAACCUUAGCGUACCCGUUAGGUCCGAUUACUACCGCGCACUCCUGCCAAGUGGGACUCGUAGAACCAGAGCCGUCGGGCGAAGGCCGAACUCAAAGGCCACCCCCAUUGCGCUAGCGCCAUGUGGCAUUCUAAUCUUGACCGGAUUCUCUCGUGCCAUGUCGUGCCCCUUCACUAUCAAUCUGCCGGGCCAUCGUAUCUCGUCCGGGUAUAAAGGCGAGCUCCUCGAGCCCAUCAAAUCUCAUCACCUAUCGUCCCCCUUUCAUCCAAGUCACCCAUCCUCACCUUCAACCCCCAAAACGUUACACGAUGUGCAGACAUGAAUGCUACGUUGACUACCACCGCGGCUGCCAGCACUACAUCCUACGAUACUACACGGGCGUUGUAAUCGACUGCAUGGAGCCCGACUGCUUGAGCAGCUCAGCAC